GUUCCGUACUUGGCUCAGUUCUCUGAGCCCAGCGGCAACAGAAGACCUUCCGGGCGCAUGCCUUAGCGAGCGCUCGGCGUGUCGCCAUGUUGUCAGCGGUGGCCCUGCUGCGGAGAUCGCGCAGAGCGUGUGCCCAGCCCUUCUGCGCCGCAGCUGCCGCUCCUGCGGAUGAGAUGGGCCUGGUUGCCUUUGCUAGCGGAUUGAUACGGAACAGAGACGUGCGCACGCCCAACUUCUCCGAGUGGAUGGAGGUGUCGGACAAGGCGACGGUACUGGUAAACCGAGGCGUCAGAGGUAGCGCCUUGGUCUGGGUGCUGGACGCGCUGGGCGAGGCCGAUCUUCACCCGACGGAGCGGACGAAGCUACAGAUCCUCCAUGCCUUUCGCGGGUCCCUCUCGGAGCCUGAGCUUCUGCAGCUCAGCAACGAUGAGCUCUGCAUCUUGUGCCGGGCCAUGGACCGACUCCAGCUCAUGGACCCCAGGCUCACCUCCCGGCAGAAGCACCGCCUCGCCGCACAGCUUGCGGCGCGGCUGCCGCAGCUCACAGCGCCGCAGCUGGCGGCGCUGCCCAAGUUGGCGGCCAAGGGACACCUCGCGGACGAGGAGUUCUUCGCGGCCUCUGCCCAGCGCUUUCAGGAGGUGCUUCCGCAGCUCUCCAGCAAGCAGCUGUUCCUCGCCAUGCGAGGCUUCCUCCUUUGGCGCGUGGGGCCUCCCGGCCUCGAACGCAGCGCGCUGCUGCUCGACGAAAGCUGGCGAUACGCGCCGGCGCUGCGGGCUCUGCGUGCGCUGGGCAGAGUGGAAGCAGCCCAUUUUCGAACUCAGGAUUGCGAUCUGGAAGUGGAGGUGGCCCUGUUGGAGGCGCUACAGACCUGCUUGGCACAGCUGCAGUCGCCAAAGAUGGAGCAGCUGCUGGGUGCCCGGGACUUGCUGCUGGCCAUGAAUGCCUUGGGUCAGAUCGCCCGGGGCUGGCAAUGGCUGGAAGGCGGCGACGAGUUGCGAGUGGCGGCGCGCGCGGAACUCGGCGCCUGCGCUGAGUUCCUUGGAGACCUCGUGAGCCUCGAGCUCGAGCUCGAAGGCUUCGCGGACCGGGACCUGGCCCUGUUGCUACUGGCGCUGGCUCGAGUGGCGCGCCGCACCUCCACGUCGACGGCUUUGGUGCAACUCCUUUGCCAGCGCCUUGAGGCUGCGGAAGUCACUGAGAAGACCGCGCCGGCGGUGCUCUCCGCAGCGUCCAUGAUGCUCCAGCACUGCGCACGGACCAAACCGCCAGACGCCGCCGGCGAGGCGCUACUUUCCGUCAUCAUGGCUUGGACCCAAGCGGAGCGCGGCGCGCAGCAACCAGAAGUGUUCAAGGCCCUGGCAGCAGCCGCCGCCUAUGCGCAAAGUCGCCAAGGUCCCAAAGCUCUGGACUCCGUGCGCGGGCUCCUGCGCUUCGCUGCGUCGCAUGACUUGCGGCAGAACUGGCACUUGGACAGCUGCCUCCACGCCUUGGCAGUGCUGGAGGCCACGUGCGAGGAACUGGAGCUGGAAGAGCUGCUGGUCCGGAAAGCUGAGCAGCGCUUGCGCCAGCUCAAGGCGAACAACAUCUCCUUCUGGUUGAAAUUCGUUCCGCUGGCGCCUCGCCUCUGCGGGCGCCUGGCUAACCUCACGGAGGUCAAAGAUGAUUGUAUGCCGACCCAACUCGAAGCGGGCGCGGCUCUGCGUGACUUCGCCUAUGCG